GGUGGUGACGGUGAUCGCAUCUUCCCUGUAUGCAGAGUACACAGAGUAGUCGACAACUUCAUACUUUACAUACCGCGAACCAUGCUUGCUUGAAUCUCGAGAAGAUGUUUGGGAAGGCAGACUGACGGAAAUAUGGAAACAAGGCACUGUGGGUUAUUGGUCCAUGGUCAUGGGGCGAGGAAGGCGGAGGAGUCGGAGGAGUGGCGAAUGUGGGGGAAGGGGGGUGGAGAGGUUACCUAGGGCUUUCUGCUCUGCUCUGUCAGUCCGCCCUUUUACACUCUCUCGGCCUUCUUCUACAUCCCAUUGUGUUACGACCUCGUGGGCUUUCCUACCUACGGCACGGCGAGUCCGGAAGGAUGAUUACUCUGAUAUCGUCCUGUCGCCUUCAACCACGGUACUUCACUGGAUUGGUGCCGUAGCCUACCUACAUGCUCUAGUCCCGGCCCUGCGUCUUACGAAUGGCCGGUCCACAGGUAAGCCCCAGGGCCUGCCCUGCUCUACCCACUUAGAGCAUGUGCCUAUCCCCCAGAUGUGUAUGUACAUCCGCACGCCCAUCCAUUCGCUCGUUCGCGUUCUCGGGAGGUCUAAGGUAAGGCAAGGUAAGGUAAAGGUAUGUAAGGUGAAGCAAGGUCAGGUAAGGUAAAGGUAAGGUGAGGUGAGGUAAAGCUCACGCAUCCACAUCCAUCU